AACAGUUUACUGGGAAUGCAAAACAGAUGGAGGAAGACUGAGCAUCUCAUGUGGGAGUGGCUAAGGGAAACGAGGCAGGAAAGUGAAUAACGAUAAAGCCAGUUAAAGUGGCUUUAAGAGUAGAUGCAAGAUCCAGUUUGAUUGACAAAAAAACGAUGAGGUGUGACAUUCUAAUCUUGCUGCUUGUCCAGUGUUUGGGAGGUUCAGGCCUCCCCCUGUUUGAUCUGACUUCUAAGGCUGAUGAGGCAUUGAGGAUGGCGCUGGAUGAGAUCAACACUCGGUAUGCCCAACAUCACCUCUACAGAGUGGCCAAAGCUUCAGUUACAAGAGUUGUUCCACUGGGGAUGAACACUUAUGAUAUGAUGCUAAAAUUCGGGAUAAGGGAGACAGACUGUCGGAAGGACUCUGGGGUCGAUCCACAGGGCUGUGCCUACCGCCGAGCUUACUUUGUGUCAGAAGCAGGGUGCUACAUUCGAGUGCAUUUGGCUGACACAUUUACUAACAUUAUCUCCUUCAAGUGCAGUCCAGCACAAAGUUCCAGCUCGGAAUUAGAUGAGAUGAUGGUGACUGGGUGGCACUUUAAUCCAAAUCAUCUGGUUUCUAGACAGCCUGUAUCUACAACUGCAGCUCCCAUCUCUGGUGUAACUUCACCAGUACAUACUAGACACCCUAACAAUUUUAAUAUUCGUGGCGAAGACUUUAGCAAUUAUUUGGAAUGACCAAACAAAUAAAGAUUUUAUUCUGUUAACAGCAACAAACAUGUUACUUCUGCUCUACGGAAUAAAAAAAAAAAACAUUAAACCAGUGAGAUUUUGAGCAGGUACUGUUGCAAUACCUAUGUAGGGGUAAUAUAACAUAUGGCUUAACAGUGCAAUAAAUUAUUAUUUUUUUUAACUAUAUGACAAAUAUGGAAAUAAAUAAUUUUUUCUAGGGUG